AGCGCCGAGGUUGCCCAUCGAGGGACUUCGGCCCCGGGGACGGUGUCGGUGGAGCGGCGGCCGGGCUGGGAGGACAACCGACAUGUGGCUGCUCGGUAGCGGGCUCCCCUGCGCUGCCCUCGCCCCGAGGAGCCUCACGAGGCUUCUAUCGGAGGGCAAACCGAUGUUUGGAAACCAGCGGAGGACUUCAAGCUCGAAUUCGCUGCCAGAAGCCCAGAUGGGACAUUUUCAAGAGGGACCCGAUUUGAAAGAUUUCAUAUCUGGGGAACUUUCGGACAAAGCCAAGUGGGCGGAAUACAAAGGCAAUUUAAAGCGUCAAAAAGGAGAAAG